GUUUUGUUGACUGCAGUUUUAUAUUUGUCGAGCUUAGUUGCACGAAGUUUUAAAAAUGCUACGAUUCUUACUUUCACGCAGCUAUUCCAGUCUUCAUAGGCUCCCAAAAUGUGAUUUCGUACCAGAACAAUACAAGGGGCCAUCCAUAGAAGCUUUAAAAGCAACAAGGAAAUCGAAACUAAAUCCCAGCUUAACCACAUUUUAUAGUGAACCUCUUGCUCUCCAUCAAGGCUACAAACAAUGGUUGUUCGAUAUCAACGGUAAGAGAUAUUUGGACAUGUUCGCAGGAAUUUGUACCGUAUCAGUUGGCCACAGUCAUCCUAAAAUAACAGAAAAAUUAACAAAACAAAUUAAAAAACUGGGUCACGUUUCUAACAUCUAUUUUCAUCCAAAAAUACACGAAUACGCCGAAAGGCUGGCUGACAAACUUCCUGGUAAUUUAAAGGUAAUUUAUUUCGUGAACAGUGGAUCAGAAGCAAACGAUCUUGCAAUAUUAAUGGCCCGUGCUUACACCAAAAACUUCGAAAUAAUCUCCCUCAAAAAUUCUUACCAUGGAAUGUCUUACCAGACGAUGGCUAUGAACUCCACCUCUCAUUAUAAAUAUCCAGUCCCACAAGCACCGGGAUUUCACAAAACUACUAAUCCAGACGUUUUCCGAGGAAUCUGGGGAGGCAGCAAUUGCAGAGACAGUCCCGUUCAAACGUCCAGGUCCUGUAAUUGUCCUAAAGGUCAGUGCGAAGCUGAGGAUAACUAUAUCCAAGAGCUGAACAAUUUACUUCUGAACGACAUACCUAAAAAGCGUCUGGCUGCCUUUUUCGCUGAAUCCAUACAAGGAGUUGGGGGCACUGUACAAUUCCCAAGGAACUUUAUUAAACGUGCUUAUGAGAUUGUCAAGGAAAAUGGGGGUAUAUUCGUUUCGGAUGAAGUACAAACAGGUUUCGGCAGAACUGGAGAUCAUUUUUGGGGAUUUGAAGGUCAUAGAAUUAUACCAGAUGUUGUAACCAUGGCCAAAGGUAUAGGAAACGGUUUUCCUUUAGGUGCGGUGGUUACAACUCCCGAAAUAGCCAGCUCUUUAACUAUUGCUAGUCAUUUUAAUACGUUUGGAGGAAAUCCGCUUUCGUGUGCUGUUGGAAUUAGUGUCCUGGAUAUUAUAGAAGAAGAAAAGUUACAAGAGAACAGUAAAACAGUUGGAACUUAUCUGUUACAUGAAUUAGAAAAGCUGAAAUCUGAAUUUCCCGUCAUUGGAGAUGUUCGUGGUAAAGGCUUAAUGAUUGGUGUUGAAUUUGUGAGUGGUGAAAAUACCACCACGCCUUUGGAGGUGGACAAAUUCCUAAAAAUAUGGGAAUAUUGUAAAGACAACGGUUUACUGAUUGGCAAAGGAGGAAUCCAUGGAAAUGUAAUGAGAAUAAAACCACCAAUGUGUAUUACAAAAGAAGAUGCUGACUUUACUAUGGAUGUGUUGAAAGGUGCCCUAACUGAAUUAAACAAAUAAACGAACAAACAAC